GUGACGGUGCUUGUAGGCUACCUGAGGACUGAACCCUAACCUGUGGAUCCUCUACCAGCAGCAGCACCAUGGGGAUCACCACAUCCAGUCUGCUGGAUGAGACCAAAUCCAACUACAUCAAAGGCCAGGCCGAGGCCGAGUUGAAGGAGUUCACUCCGUACUACAGGAAGCAAUUCUCUCUGGCUCGUUUCGCAGAGGUAGAAGAUGACCUGGAGCAGCACAAAGAGAAGAUCACACAGCUGCUCAAACAGAGGGAGUCUCCGGAGGAGGGCGAGGUGCUGUAUGAGGAAAGUGUCCUUUUCUUUGACGAGACCAGGAAGUGGAAGGAGAGAUACGUGGUGGUGAGAGCCAACUACUGCCUGGAGUGUCAUGAUGGCCUGGAGACUUUUGUUAAAGGGAUCCCUCCCCGUCAGAAGCUGCUGCCUACAGGGGGCACCGUUCUGACCACAGAGGAGAAGUACAUGACCAUGGUGGACCAGUGUUUCCCUGAUGACACCAGUGUGAAGGAGGACUUUGCUCCUCCUCUGUCGGGGAUGCCGGGACAGUUCCCCGUCUACCUGCGUCUGCCCUACAGGAGAGACUCCUACUUCUGCUUCAGACAGGAGGCCAAACAAGCUGGCUUCCUCUCCAUCCUGUCAGACUGCAUCAGACACCAGAACCAAGACUUCCUGAAGAAGAAGACCUGUGAAGUGCAGGCCUUCCUCAAAGCCAUCCAGCUCUACAGACAGGGAAAAGGCAAAUACGAGGCCUGGGACAUGCUGAUAGGAAGUGAUGUCAGGGUGAUGGCCAACGUGGUGAUGGAGCAGCUGCUGCCCUCUCUUGAGAAGGACAUGCUGCCUUGCCUCAAAGCCAAGAAGACUGAGAAGAAGAGAGUCUGGUUUGCUACGGUGGAGGCGGCUUACAUCCUGGUCCAGGAGCAUCUGUUGGAGGGACUCUCAGCACUAAAGGAGGAAUGUCGAACGUCGUUCCGGCAGCAGGAGGUGCUCAUCCACUCCGACAUGGACCAGAUCCUCAACUCCAGGAGGCAGCUGGAGGAAAAAGUCCGAGCCAUAGUGUCGGAGCGAGCAGAGAAGCUGUGCUCCAAGUCCGUCCAGCCGUACCUGGCCUCGGUCCUGGAGGAGCUGAUGGAGCCGGUCAGCUCUGGCUUCCAGGAGGGACGGCAGUUGAGCCAACAGGCCAUGGACCAGGUGUUUCAGGACGUCCUGCUGCUGGCAGACAACGAGGAACUGAAGAAGACUCUGGCAAACAUGGCCAGACCGAACCUGCAGUGCUGCUACCAGAAGAUCGGCUCCCUGCAGGAGAAGCUUCAGCACCUGCAGGAAAGAUUUGGUUUCUCCAACAUCUCAAGAGUGAUCCACAGUGCUCAGAUCGACCUGCAGCAGCUAACUGAGAAUGCAGCCUACACCUUCGAGCAGCUGCUCCACAAAGCCGUCCAGGACAACCCCGACAACCCCAGCUCUGCCAUCGAGAAGGCCAAACACAGAGUUCUCAAGCAAUACGAUUAUGAUAGCAGCACAGUGAGGAAGAGGAUCUCCGGGGAGGCCCUCGUCUCCAUCACUCUGCCCUUCAUCAAGAAAAAUCUGGCCGCCACCUGCAAAACUGAGCUUCAGGGUCUCGAGCAGUCGGUCUACGCCGACCACUCCAACUACAUCGAUGUUGAGAACAUUUAUGAGAGCAUCCUCCUGCAAUCUCUGGACAAGGAGGUAACCAAAGUGGUGAAGGAGGCGGCCAGCCUGAUGAAGUACAACCUGUUCAACGACAGCAGAGACCUACUCAGUCAGUCCAGCCGCUCCAGCCUCUCCUCCCCGCCCGUCUCCACUCCGGGCAGCCCCGCCCUGGUGCUCGCCUCCCCCUCUAAAACCCCCGUUGAGGCCCAGCCCUUGUCUCCUCUUGUGAUCAACGGUCUGUCGUCCAGCCCCGAGAAGGAAGGGCAGCCGGAGAACAGCGUAGACUCGACGGAUGCGACCACUAUUGAGACGCCCCUGGGGAAAGUGGAACAAAAAGAUGCGGCUCAGAGUGUCGCUGUCAAUGAGGAGGUGGAGGCAUCGGCACUUAUAGCAGAUGAAGUCUUCCAAACUGUGAACGCAGAAGCAGAUACCCAUCCUUUAACGGAUACAUCCAGCCCGAGUGAGACACAGGAAGUUAACCUAGAAGUGUCUCCAGAAGCUGUGAUCAAAAAGGAAGAGAUUCCUGUCGAAACAGAAACAGUGGAGACGGCCGCUGAGCCUCAGGUGCAGAAGACAGAAGCUCCAAAAGAGGCAGAAAUCACUUUGUCAGAAAUCCCCACUGUUGUAGAAAGCAUAAAGACAGAUGUGGAAGAAGCAGCACAGAUAGAAGCUCCUGUACCAAGUUCUGAUCCUACAAAUGAACCAGUAAACACAGCAGAAGAGAGCACUGGUUGCCAAACUGUCGCCAGCUAUGAAGGAGAGACAAACUGUGGAGGUUCAGAUAUUAAGUUAGAGGUGCCCUCUAGCGGUGAAACAGCUGAACUCACAUCUGCAGACAUCAGCUUGGACAUGAAGCAACAGGAGGAAGAACCAGUGACCGUCUCAGAACCCAAUUCUCUGGACGUGUCGGUGGGAAGUGAGUCGGCCCCGUCAGAUGUGGAGUCCAUAGAGGAUGUGAAACCAACACAGAGCAGCGAGGACGAAGUCUCAAUGACCUCUGACGUCUUGGAGGACAAGGCCAACGUCAGCCAAUCACCGGUGAGCUCGGGUGAACUCGCUGGGGACAAAACCACGAGCGAAAAGCCGUCUCCUCAGGCACAGACCGAAGCUGUGACGGGCGGGGUUGAGGCAAGCGUGGAGCCAUCAGUGGAGGCGGAAGAUGCUACAGCCUCUCAGCCUUCUGAGACCACUGAAGAAGAAGAAAGCCCUGAAGCACAGCCCAUCGGCUGCAUCAAGGAGAUCCGUGACCUGGUGAUGGAGGUGAUCGAGGUGGAGGAGCUGGUGCAGCGCUACCCCAGCGGAAUUCCAAAAGAUGAGGAAUGAGGCCUCAUGACCUAUCACAACUGCAUUACUGUUUUUUCAGCAAGACGACAGACAAAAAUGUAUUCACGAUGUUCUGCUGAAGGGAACCGAAUCAUUGGCAGAAUAGAACGUUAAGCCUCAAACCUGGAGUCAAAACAUUUGUUCUCAAAGCAGAAGCAGGAAAAGACUCCCGAGAAACAUUCACAAAAGCUUCCAUGAACUAAAAAAAAACCAAAAAACAUAUGCAUGAAAUUUUGGUAAAUUAUUUAUACAAAUCAAUAUAUCAGUUGGGUCGGGUGUAUAAACCAAUUUGUCGGUUUCAGUGAACUCCUUUUAACACUACAAUUAUUUUAGCGCCAAAUGUUCUAGAUUGAGAACUUUUAUGUGAAGUUUGGGAAAAAGUUGCUUUAUGCUGUGGUAGAUUACAAAUCUAUUUCAAAGGAAUAAACAUUUUAAAGAAUAUUCUCUCUGAGCGUAGGAUGUGAAGAUGGAUAUCGAUCUCUGUAUAUAAUGUCUGUGUAUAAAUUGGAGUCAGGACAUUGUUAGCUUAGCUUAGCAGGGGAAAUAGCUAGCUUGGUUCUGUCAAAUACAAAAACACUCCUACAAUCACACCGCUGUUUAAACCGUCAGCUCUGUAUUACAGGCAGACAUGAGAUUUGUAUCCAUCAGAAUAUCUUAUCCGGAAAAAAAGCUAAUGAAUGAAUUCCCUAAAAUGCCAAACUAUUGCUUCAAACAAUAGUUUGAGUUUUUAAUCGUUUAGAAAUUACUAUAACAGAUAUUUAAAUAUAUUAGACCACAUGCCCUCCCACCAUGUCCAAAUUUCAUAUACACAAAGGUCUAAUUUAAAAGGUGCAAGAUACGACAUUAUGAGCAUUUCCAUUGCCUCUCAACAUGGCGAAGGCGAGCAGGGCGGCACACGGCUAAUGUUGCUAACAACGCUAACAGUGCAAACUGCGGCGAAAGUGCUGACAGAGCUGAUAGUGUUUACCUAAGAGGGAACUGGGAGGUUUGUGCUAUGCUUCCACGACGACGCCGUCGGCCUAUACGGCGUUAUCUGCAUUUUUGAGAGCAGUUCAGAGUGGCGGCUGUUAGCUAGCCAGUGGGGGGCGCUCACAUGCACUGAAAGCCACUUAGCAGGAAAACACAGAGAAGCUCAGACAACAACACAUACAUAGAGGGAGAGGGGCUUCAUUCUCUGCUCCAGUAGACUUUCAUCCUCCAUUUCUUUACAUCGCUGUUUGCGUCCCGAUUAAUGCUCUGAAUGUUAAAUGCAGCUUCUUUAAUGUGAUAAAUUUUUUACCUACUGAAGGACUUUCUUUUAGCUAAAAAGGAAACUAAAGAAGUAGCUCAUCAAAAUGCCUUUAACAGUACCUCCAUGUUGCCACCUCGUGCCUUACGUCACAAAAUGAAGGAAACCAGCUUCUGUCAUGUAGAAGCGGUUGCCGUGGAGACUGGUCCGAGUCUCUAUACAUGUGCCUUUACCUGUGUAAAGCAUCUUACACAGACAUGGUUAGUGGGACAGUUUACAUUGCGAGCACAGGGAGAAACAUUUGACCAUUUACUGUCAACCAGAUGACUGUUUGUUAAUGGAAACAUUGUGUGGAAAUAUUAAUAAAAUCAGAUUCUAAAAAACAAACACGCCCUCAAACUAUUUCUGUGUGAACUCGACACAAACAAUAAAUGGU